UUGAACUUUCGGGGAGUAAGUGAUGUGUUAUUAGUUUAAUUAUUCAAAAGUAAUUAUGAAAAUAAGCCGAAAUUUCUUUAGUGUUUACAUAUGUGUUCCUUCCCCAUAAUUCUAUUAUUUUAUAGUUUCAUAAUUUGAGUCUAUGCACCCGCCUUUUUUUACAUGAAACUUUGUGGUUUUUAUUGAGUAAUCCAGGUCAGGCAAUGAUAACAAUGGCAGUGAGCAUUAACUCAGCCCUAAUCUGUCCGUAGCUGUGAGUUGGCAGAUUUUCAGCUCGUGGUAAUUUGAGAGACGCUCGUAAAAUUAUGGCCGAAAAUGAAAAAGAAGAGGCCCUCAGCCUUCAAAAGGAAUUCGAAUGGGUCCUGAAUGAAGAAGUACAUGCUGUUCUAAAUCAGCUGCAGACAAUCCUAGUGGAAUGUGUGCGACGAUUUCCUUUGCCAUUAUGUGGCAAUGAUAGUCCACUCAAGCAAGAAAAAUUCAUUCUUGUUGCUCCACCUGAUCAGCUGAAAAGUGUAGUUUCGUUAUCAGGAGAUAGUAUUUCUCAUGCGGAAAUAGCAUUCAAAAUUCAAAGACAGCAACAUGUCUUAUACAGGACAACAAUUCAGCAUGACCAUCCAUGGAAAUUGCACCAAGUACAGGAUGCUGGAAAUCAUCUGCAACAAGCAUUGUGUCACAUUGACAAUAUCGGCAAAAACUAUGCUUUCACGUCUUCUGAAGAAGUGCUCCAUAUAUUGGGCAAUAUUUUAAAUUGCUUGCAGCGAGGGCGCUCCAGCCUUAUUGUUCCUAGGAAAAGAACUAUUGACGAUUUAAUGCGCAGCAGAAAUAUGAAAUCCUUGACGCCCAAUCUUCCCGAGGACCUUGCAAUUAGCUUUUACAUCCAAAGUCACAAGUUGAUAUUUGCAGUCUAUCAGCUAUCGAAUAUUCACGGAACCAUGAAGUUUGAUACAGUUCAAGCGGAAGCAUCUAUACCUUGGUUGAAUGAAGUUCUCGUACUCUUCACAGUGGCUCUCCAGCUUUGCCAGCAAUUGAAAGACAAGAUAAGUGUAUUUGCUCAGUACAAGGAUUUCACAAUUGAAUCGAGGUCGACCUCCCAACAAGCUUGCUGAAUCCAAGCCGAGAUCCAGAAACAUUGGAAAAGUCUCAAGACCUUUCAUCAUUUGAUUCUGUACUUAAACUUCAUUCCAACAGCAAUCAAAACCCAGCAAUAAAGUUUAUACUGUUAUUGUUUUCACAGUGUUAAAAAGCGCUUAGCAUGAUUUUGCUUUAAUUUUUGUUUUUUCCUUGAGUUGGAGGAAAUUAAGCUGAACUGCAUUUCUAAAUUCAUCAAGAAAGAAUUGACCAAGGGAAAUUGUGAUCGUCUACAGGAAAGGGACAUUUUUGCACUGAGAUAAACUAAGGAAGCUAUUUCUGCCAAGUCAAGUUAGAAAAUAGAAUGCGACUUUUACGAGAAAACCCUCUUCAGUGUCAACCAAGAAAAAUUUUUGACCCGUGUAGUUCAUUUUUAUUCCACUAAAAGGCGUGAAGUUUGUAUAAAAUGUUUGUUCUUGACCACGGAAGAUCAAAAUUGUGGUUUUUGAAUUACAAACUUUUUACAAACAACCUUGGUUUUGAAUCCUUACUAAAUGCUCAUGGAACAUUCCUUAAAACAGUGAUAGCAGUCCCUCAGUUUCAAUUUUUGCAACACCGUUUUCCCCUCCUGAGGGCAGUCACUUUUCUUUAGUUCGUGAAAUUAUGAUGGGCUCAACAAAGUUUUCAAAAACUUGACCGUAUUUCGAAACAGCAACUGAACAUAGGUUUCUCAACCAUAUUUAAACACAAUGGGCCGCCGCUCAAAGUCUGAGUUGAAAAUAAAGUCACAAGUUUCACAGAACUAGGAGUGCAGGAAUCAAUCCUGAACGAGAUAUUGAUUUGAACAAGUAUUUUUUAAGACAGGUCGUAUGGAAAGUAGAUUAUACAAAUGACAUCAUUCGUAUUUUGUCCUUAACUAAUGUCAAUUGUAAACACGUAUAUCUCACAUAGAAGUUGAUUUCCAGACUCCCAGUUGUGACAUUCAUUUCUUGUGAUAUCUUGAAGAGAUAUCAUGAUAUGUAGGGCUUUAAUUCGUACCUUGUCCAUGGGCCCAUCAUGUAUGUCUUGAGUUUUUCAGUUAACGUACUUUGUUUGCAUUGUACCGCCAAACAAUUAUAUAGAAUAAGGUCGAAAAUACCCACCUGAAAUGUAAUGGUAAUCCAUGUAUUGUUAUGGAUUUAGAACUGUAGCUUUGUUCAGCCGUAUUUAAAUGUUAGCAUAAUGAGCUCAGUAUUAUUGAUUAAUUUUAAGUAGAAAAUAUUGAGAUGUUCCGAAAAAUGAGCAAAAUUUGGAAGCCAUGAAAUGUGCUCUUCAUUUUGCUUGUAUUAUCUCUGCAGGAGUAUUUCUAAAACUUUACAAGGGGUACAACCUCAUGGACGGAUCUCAAGGUGAGCUUGUGUGUAUUUUAGCAAUCUUGGCAAAAUUUGUAAAUGUAAUUUAUCUUCAAUUCUGGAAUCUUGUCAAGAUGAGCCACUAUUUAUCCAUACUUUUUUGGAGCAAAUAUCGAUGGCCAAAGUGCAAAACCAGGCAUCUCCAUUGCGGUAUUUCAAAAUUUCUGCUCCCGAGUUCCUUUUUCGGAGAAGAACAAGUCAACUUUUAAACUUGGAAUUUAUACAGAAAUAUUCUAUCAACAGAGAAAAGAAAUCGAAGAAGUUUUUAAGAUAUCACUUUGACGAGCUUUCCAAAGGAAAAAUAAAUUGUGACAGAAAGUCUGUGAUGUCGCAAACGGAGGUAUGUGGUUUCGCAUUAUUAGUAGUCUAUCAUUAUCAGUUGUGUAUCAUCAUUAUUAGUUUUGAUAUCAGUAUCGAUUGAAACCGUUUGUUUGUUCAGCAGUAGAGGAAUCCUCAGUGGAGGUGGUUGAAGGCUGCUGAGUCGCACGAAUCAAAAUUUAUAUGAAGCGCUGAUUAUUCCUAAUUCCUAAUUACAGGCAAGAAAACCUUAAAUUUUGAUUGAAAAAUUUCGGAAAACCUUUAAUUUUUCAAGUUGAAAUUUAGUAAUCGAUCAAAGUGUCAAGUAUUGUUUUAAUGAGCAGAAUUCAAUAAAUUGAGAUGAAAUAUUGUGCAUUCAUCAUUAUAUUUGGAUUGCCCCCUCGAGCAAGUCUGUGAUUCAGAGAAGGAACCAACUUUGAUCAGAGGCGUGGUGUACUUGGGGUUUAUCGAUUGAUCUGCCAUUUAAACCUAUGGAAUAGGAUCAAUGCAACAAACACCUUAGCAAUCGAUUCUACACUAUAGCUUCAAAUGGGGAGAUAUCUAUAAUUGAUCACUCACACCUCGCCACUGACUUUGAUCAGAAGCCUCUUCGCAACGGCUUUUCGUUGAGGACUUUCCAACUCUCAUUUCGAUGUUAAUUUUGUUGUCAAUUCAGAAAAGUCCUGUAAUUGGAUAUUCAUUUUUUAAGUGCCAUGGAAGUUAAAGUGUGUCACAGACAUGUUUGUUUAUCGUGUUUUGGUUAGGUAUUAUAAGAGUUUCUUGAUUCUCUCUGAUUUUCUAGAUCAAAGUUGAUCAAAGGUUUCAAUGUAAUUUUAAGAUUCCAGUCGUUAGUUUUAUUUCAGAGAGUGAUAAGUUUUGCUUUAAUUUCAAAGAUGAAAUGCUUCCCUCUAAGAACGGUAGAUGUUGCCAAUAGCUCGAAGCAGUGACCUGUUCCUCUCUUGUGUUAACACUGCUCAGUAAGGAGUUUGAAACUCUUCAAGAAAAACCAAACUAGAACAAAACAAGCAAAAAACCUUCGAUUAUUUUUCCCCGCACAUGUUUUUUAGUUUUUCUCAACUGAUUUUUCUUCAUCUUUUAUCUAUUCAUUUUAUAUUCUGUAUGUGUUUAUAUUCUGCUCAUCCCAUUCAGAACUAUUUAGCUGUACUUACUUAUGGAGUAAGUAAACCUCCCGAGUUAUAUAGGUAACAAAAAAUGAUGGAAAAAUGACUUCUCCAAUGUUUGACGAGAAAAAAUUUAUCUCCAUGUUCGUUUGGUUACUUGUGACGUUUCUCUUUUUAAAUCAGGCAUGUUCGAAACUUAAGGCGAACAACUCACAAUUCCUAGAAAUCUUGCAACUCACAGCCUUAAUCAUUGAAAAAUUUGAAGCGCCCGUAGGUAAUAAUGUUUGUGAAAAAUGGAUCAGUAUUGAAUCUUGUCUCAUCUACAAAUGGUUUUGUUGAAUUUUAUGGAAACAAAUUAUUGAAUUUGUUUUUUAUGUAUUCUUUAUGAAACAAAACUUUUUUCAGGCUGUUAGGCAAUAGGCUGCUCAUGCUAGGACCUCACUGACACUCAAAAUUGAGGUGAUGACUGAUAAUUUUCAAUGAAAAAUUACCUGCCUUUUUUACAAAAGAUUCACACAUACACAUUAUUGCAGGUUUUCAUAGCAGAUAGCUUUAGAUUGUUUUUAAAUUAUUCCUGUGUUUUCCUGAAUAAGACAAAUGAAAAAUUAAAACUGACACAGAUGAGUUAUGAAGAUUGUUUGGAAUGGCAUUUUUUCAACUAAUUGGACGUCAUUGAAGAAAAUUUGAAAGUCAUCUUAAAUUUUAUAUUGAAUAUAAUGGAUUCCACUCACUUGCAUAAUACUGCCCUAAGAAUCUAUAAUAUUUUUUAAUACAUUUCUGACAUUGUCACUAAAUCAGUCUAUUUCUGAGGUAAAAUAUGUAGGACGCCUCAAUAAAUACUGUCCUGUUACUCCUCAAAAUCAUUUUAAAAAAAGGCAAAUUACAAUUGUUUUCCUCAAAUUAAAAUUUGUCUAGAGAGAUAAAAAGAGUUGCUUUGCAUAAACUUGGCUAAAAAUCAUGAUUAUUUCUGGGCUGAAAUUCUAACAACAGUAGAAUCAUUUCAAAAGUAUUUUAAAAAAAAUUUAAGUAUGUCUUAAAUGUGUGUGAGCGCAUGUUUUCUUUGUAAUAAUGAUGUCAUUAAAAUCAUUCUCCUAGAGCUAUUGCUGUCAGUAAAUGGUUCUCUAAUCUUCUAAUGGUCUUGGGGUUGAUUUUCCAAAGGAAAUACUCUAAAUAAUGUUUUCAGAUAGAUUUUUCUCCUGUUUCCUAUACCAAUUUUAUGCAGGGGUGCACUAAAUCUCUUUCAACGCACUUAUGAACUUCAAACUAAAUUGAAAAACCUUGUUUCUCCUCCUUAAUUAUGCCCUUUCCAAGAUUCCAGACAUUUGAAUGACAAGGGAUUUGCACUCAGCUGUAGAGCUGUUGAGCUGUUGAGCAUUGACAAGCUGCAUUUAAGUGAAUAGUGGCUUAACAGUAUAUUUUGAACUCCUGAUUAUAUGAACUACUUGCGGUUUUUCACGCCUGAUUGCCUUAUUAUCAUAUUAUCCAUAUUGUAAUUAGAGAAAGUAAGAAGUGAACAAUAUGUUUAUUGAAUAAUGAAAGUAAGUAGCUCUGCCAGCACAUAAAGUCACAGACUAGCAACUAUAAAAAUAGGAAGUCGAAACCUUUGCAACAUACAUAAAAUUCUCACUUUUAGAUAUUCUGUGUUGCUUUGAUGACUUGUAGAUGUUGUUUUUAACUCUUUGUUAAUUUCAUAAAACUGAAGUUUAAGAAGGUAUGUAUAUGUUUACGAAUUUAAUCAGUCCAAUAACUUUUUUCACCUUUAUUAUCUUUUGUCAAUGUUCUGACUACAAUGAGCAGUACUAGGUGUUAUCUGUCAAUUCUGUCAAUUCAGCUUGCAGAAACUUCAUGUAUUUGCUAAGGGCUGUUCCUUAAUAGAGAAACUACUGCAAAACAAUUAAUAGAAAACGAGAAAAUACUUGAUUCUCCCUCAAAUGUUGAUGUAAUUCUCAUCUAAAUGAGUUGUACUGCUUUAUGACUCCUAUUUCAACCAUUUAGGGAAUCAAUAGGAUUUUUUAAUGAUCACCAUUUUCAGUGAGGAAGUAUCUACUCGAAAACCAUCUGUCUUUACAAGACAACGAUGUUACCAGUCGAAAUAGUAAGGAUCUUUUUACGAAGACUUUUAUAGCUAAAUAUUUGUUGAAUGAGAUUAAAUCGUUUUUUCAUUUAUGCGACAAUAAUUUUUACACACGUGCUUGUCCUAGAUAGCACCAGUUAUCAAUCUUCUGUAACAUGUAAGUGAUAAUAAAGUGUUACUUCAAUUAAAA